AUGGCCCGAGGAAACCAAAGAGAUAAAGCCCGUGAGGCCAAUGCUAAGAAACAAGCCGCACUUGCCAAAGGCGGAUCCGGUAUGUCGAAAUCGCAGAUGCAGGCCGACAAAGAUAAGACUCGUGUUCUGUUGAUGGAGAAGCAGAAAAAAUCCGACGAGAAAAAAGCAGCCGAUGCCCUCCUCGCCGCGCAAACCAAGAAAUAG